AUGGUGGCACUCUCCUGGUUCAGUGGGAGCCUGGCAGCAAUCCUCCAUGUGUCCAGCACCUUCUCUUUGCCUUUCUGUGGCCCCAAUGUGAUCUAUCAGUUCUUCUGUGACAUCCCCCAAGUAAUAAGGCUUGCUUGCAUGGAUGAGAUCCUUGGGGAAACUGGUGUGAUCACUCUACUAGCCUGGGUGGCUUUCUCAGCUUUCAUUCUAAUUAUUUACACUUACAUCCACAUCUUCUCCAUUGUGCUGAGGAUGCCUUCUGCUGAGAGUGGGUCCAAAGCCUUCUUUACCUUCCUGUCCCACCUCAUUGUUGUGACCUUGUUCCUCUCCACAAGCACCUUUGAAAAUGCACUGAUAGAAAGCCAAGAGAACCUCCCUGAAAGAUCCAGCCACCAGGAGAAGGACCCCGAUCCACCUGUUCUGACAAACCUUCACAUCUUCAAUGCAGAAAUGGCCAAUCACACAUCAGUGAUUGAAUUCCUCCUCAUGGGUUUCUCUGAUGAGCAUGAUUUGCAACUUGUCCAUGCCACAAUGUUCCUUCUAAUGUAUCUUAUGGCACUGGUGGGAAAUUUCAUCAUCACCGUCAUCACUCUGGACCGGUGCUUCCAUACCCCCAUGUACUUCUUCCUCAAUAAUUUGUCAUUCCUAGAUCUCUGCGUCAUCUCCACUACUGUGCUGAGACUCACCUGCUCGAAUGAGAUCUCCGAAGAAGUGGGGAUCAUUUGUUUAAUUUCCUCUCUGGCUAUCUUGUGCUUCCUUCUGAUCAUUUAUUCUUACACCCACAGUUUCUCCACUGUGCUGAGGAUCCCCUCUGCAAAAGGUCAGUCCAAAGCUUUCUCCCCCUGCCUUUCUCACCUCGCUGUUGUGACCUUAUUCCUCUCUACUGGGACGUUUGAAUAUCUCAAGUCACCAUCAGGGUCCCACUCCCUUCUGGAUCUGUUCGUGUCCAGGUUCUACACCAUGGUGCCGCUAACCCUGAACCCUGUCAUCUACGGCCUAAGGAACAAGGACAUGAAGGCUGCUCUGGGGAGGAUCUGGAGGACAAAGGAUGGUUGA